AGUUGGAGGAGGGGAGGAGGAAGAAGCGGAGUGGGGGGCGGGGCUGGUCCCAGAAGAUGGCGGAGGCGGGGGAGUUCUGGUAGGUCUACAAAAUGAGGUACUUUUGAAGCAUCAGUCUGCUUCAAUUCACAGACAGUUGGAGUUUUUCAGCUGCAAAGCCAUUUUUUUUCUGCCAAAUUCCUGAACUUAUGAAAUCAUGGUGGAAGGAAAGACAGAGUCACCUGUCCCCAAGAAGUGUGGCCCAUAUAUCUCAUCUGUCACUAGCCGGAGUGUGAAUUUGAUGAUUCGAGGAGUGGUGCUAUUUUUGAUCGGAGUAUUUCUUGCAUUAGUAUUAAAUUUGCUUCAGAUUCAAAGAAAUGUGACCCUCUUUCCACCUGAUGUGAUUGCGAGCAUCUUUUCUUCAGCCUGGUGGGUACCACCGUGCUGUGGCACUGCUUCAGCUGUGAUUGGGUUAUUAUACCCCUGCAUUGACAGGCAUCUGGGGGAGCCACAUAAAUUUAAAAGAGAGUGGUCCAGUGUAAUGCGAUGUGUAGCUGUCUUUGUUGGUAUAAAUCAUGCCAGUGCUAAAGUGGACUUUGAUAACAACAUACAGUUGUCUCUCACACUGGCUGCAUUAUCCAUUGGACUGUGGUGGACAUUCGAUAGAUCGAGAAGUGGUUUUGGCCUUGGAGUAGGAAUCGCUUUUUUGGCAACCUUGGUCACUCAACUUCUAGUCUAUAACGGUGUUUAUCAAUAUACGUCUCCAGAUUUUCUCUAUGUGCGUUCUUGGUUACCUUGUAUUUUUUUUGCCGGUGGCAUAACAAUGGGAAACAUUGGUCGACAACUGGCACUGUAUGAAUGUAAAGUCAUCGCAGAAAAAUCUCAUCAGGAAUGAAGAAUGCAAAAAAUGCAUCUUUUGUACAGAGAAAAAGAUGAACAGGGCAUGUAAAUGAUACACAUGCCAACAAACUUUGGACUGUAAAACUGCCAGGAUGCAGUUUUCCCCUCUAUUGAUAUAUAUUUCAUAUAUAUCAAUAAUAUACCAAUAGUAUAUGUAUUACUGCAAUCUGUGAUUGCUUCAUCUGUAAAUCUGUUAUAAACCUUUAUGUAUUUCAAUU